AUGUGUUUUUCCCUGCCACAGGGUGAUAGCAGCAGUACAGUGGACAGAGCCACCCCGACCCCAAGCGAGGAACAGUUUCCAUACGGAGGCGUCUCUGCUCCUAAAGCGUACCACAGCAGUGGACAGUUGGAGCACAGCGAUGGUUUCUCAACCUUCCCAAAACGAGGCCAUCAUCACCCGCAUCACACUGCUCGCAUUCGCAUUCCUUCGCAAGAUUCUGUCAAUAAUUCCGUCAGCAAGAUCAUUUGGUCUGCUGGCUCUUUGUCAGAUCGCAGCAGUCCCAUGUCACCAUAUUUACACCUUGAACAUCCUGGCACUAACAGCUCAACAGGCUCCAUUCCUUCCGUUGAACCUCCCAGGACAAGAAAGAAACCUGAGAUUGGGGAGACCAGACAUAUCAGCAUUGAGAAAACAUUUCAACCACUGGGUAUUCAAAUCAAGCCAGGGAAGAAUGGCAGCGGCAUCUUUAUAUCUUCCGUGGGACAGAACAGCCUGGCCGAGCAUUAUGGUCUGGAAGUUGGAGACCAGAUUCUGGAGGUGUGUGGUCUGAGUUUAAGAACUGCCAAUGAGACCCAGGCUGCCAUUGUAUUGAGGCAAUGUGGAGACAGCAUGACAAUGCUUGUGCAAUACCUGCCUGAUAAAUUUGAAGACAAUGGAGAAGAUAGUGGGUCCAGUCAGUCCUCUAGGGCCACCUCUCCCGCCACCUCCCCCAAGCUGGUAAAGCAUGGCAGCAAUGAGACCAUCACUUCCUCUACACCAACCAAUUCACCAAGAAACAAUCCUAAUAACCAGAGUUCCAGUAGCCAAGACAGCCAUGUUCCAAUGGAGCCCAGGUUUGUGUUCCUCCAGAAGUCUGCUGCCUCCAGCCUGGGUAUCAGCCUGAUAGGGGGCAACGCUGUGGGCAUCUUUGUUCACGAAGUCCAGAAGGACAGUGUGGCAUGUGGACCAAAUGGCUUACGAUGUGGAGACCAGAUACUAGAGUUCAAUGGUGUUGAUCUCCGGUCAGCCACAGCAGAGCAAGCAGCCCAUGAAUUGUCCAAACCUUCUGAAAGAGUGACCAUUCUAGCCAGAUAUGAUAUAGUCAGAUAUAACAAAAUAAGAGACCAGCCAGGAGAUUCAUUUUAUAUCCGUACCCUGUUUGAUCGCCAAGCUGAAAAUGAAGGGGAACUGAGCUUUAAGCGUGAUGAUGUUCUGUACAUAGAAGACACUUUAUACAAUGGCAUGCCUGGCACAUGGAAAGCAUGGCUUGUGGAUGACGAGGGCAACAAAUUACAGUGUGGGACCAUUCCUUCCAAAUACAGAAUGGAGGAUGAGCUUGCCAUGAAAAGGAGCCUUUCUGAAUCCUUGCAAGAGGAGGAAUUGAAAAAUGCCUCCUCUCGUCGAGGAUCUGCCACAGCGAGACGCAGUUUCUUCCGUCGGAAGAAACACCAGAGAAAUAAUUCCAAGGAUAGCCGUGAGCUGGCCUCUUUCUCAGAUGUCUCCAUCAAUACAGAUUCGGUGCCUAUUUUAGAUGAUGGAACUGUGCUGACAUAUCAGAGGGUGGAGAGAUUGGACUAUAAAGUGUGUCGCCCAGUUAUGAUCCUUGGACCCCUGGCAGAGCCAUUGAUUAAUAAACUUACUUCUGAGUCCCCAGACAAAUAUUGUCGCUGUGAAUCAAUGCCAAUGAAAGCCUUAGCAGGCAGUGUGGAAAAAGCAUUAUCUGAUGGCCAGUUGGUGGACUACCGUAUAAAAGACGACCAUUAUGAGUGCAUCACUGUAGAGGCAGUCAAGCAAAUUGUUGAAAAGAAUCGCCAUGCCAUGCUGGAUGUUAGCGCCCAUGCCAUAGAGAGACUCCAUCGCCUACAGAUCUAUCCCAUAGUGCUUUACUGCAAACACAAGUCAUCUAAAGAACUGAGAGAGGUGAAGGACACAAGAUUUCUACCAGAGAAGAUGACCAGUAAAAGUGCAAAGCAGCUGUAUGAACAGUUCCAGAAAGUAGAACAGGAUUGCAGGCAUUUGUUUUCAAGUAUGGUCCAAGGGGGCAAUAGCUUGGCAUACAUGUCCACCCAGAUCAAGUCAGCCAUUGACAUUGAGCAGAAGAAGACCAUUUGGGUGCCAUCGGGGAAUAUCUGAGGCACAGUUUUCGAGGCAAAUGUCUGUCAAACUUUUAAAGAAGGAUGCUUUCACAGAAGAUUGCCACUGCAUUGGUAUUGGAGUUUGGAGUUUGAUGAUGGUUGACAAAGAGGCAAAAUAAACAUAAUGGACAAAUUCUAAUGCAUAGAUCGUGAAAGGAAACUCUCCUUUGGUUUUCAGGAUUCCCACAAUGCUUCAACGGAAUGGUUUUAAUGGACAGUUUGGGGAUAAAAAGCUCUUUUCACCACCUGGUGAACAGUUUACUUAUAACUUUCACAGAAAUCUUAUAUUGGUCGUGGGUGUUUUACAAAAACAUUGAUCGUUUCUCAUUGAAUGUGAAAUAUACGAUGCACAUUAUCUCUAUACACAUGACUGACAUAUGAAUCUGCUCAUUAAAAAAAAAGCCAUUCCUGUUUUCACAAUUGAUAGAAAAACAAACCUCAGCAAUAUGUAUUUAAUUUUCGAAAAUGGUUUAUUUUUAUGUCAGAGCAUGUGGUGCUUUUCAUGUUGCUUGAUUGGCAAACGUUAAUAGGUGGACAUAAAUGUGACUCUUGGCAAAACAUGCUUGAAGAAGGGGACAAGAAGCUGUAAGAAAACAGACUUACACCAAGAAAAUACACUUUUUAUGCCAUGACAAACUGUUUCAAGACAAACGGAAAUAUGAUCAGAAAAUCAAAUUAAUGUUUAUUCAAAAUGUACAAUGGUGAGCUUAAAUGGCAUAGUGAGAUGUAGUUUUUAGAUAAUAAUUUAGCUGUAGUGUCAUUCAGCCCUUGCCUGCGGUGGCGGGUUGAGGCAUAGCAUGUCCCAUUGACGUACUGCAGAAAAGCCUGAUAUUUGAUGGUGUAAUGUAAACAUUAAGGGGCUUUUACUGCAAUCAUAACAUUCAUAUUGAUCUCAUUGCCACGCCAAAGGCUUUUUGAUGUGUUUGUCCCUGCCACAGGGUGAUGUGAGUGAAGUGGCUUAUUAAAUUGGAGUUAUAGAUGCAGUUGACUUUAGAAAAGUGAUGUGGGGAUUUUACCAUGGUUUUUUCCAGUUUUGCACGUGUUACAUAAGAAUGUAAGCGUGGGCAAUUGACCUUUUUGUUUGUUUGUUUUUUUCUUUAUGAUUAAGCUGGUCCCAGUUUGCUUUAUAUGUGAAGAAGUAGCAAACUUUCCACUCUCUCUCUCCCUCUCUUAGCAAACUGUUCUAAUUCAGAAGUGGAACAUCCAAGUUGCUGUUAAAAAUGAAAUAUGAUUACUGUGUAAUGCCUGUCAGUCUAAAUGUGAAUUCGUUGUAGUGGCUGUACUUAUGUAAACUUGGGUAUGUGGAAGAACUUUUGGAUCUGUGCUUUUAGUUAAAACGUGAGCCCAUAUUUUCACACAGUAAGAUUGCAUCUGAACACACAAUGGUGCUGCUGCUAUUUUGUAUUUAUUCUUGUACAUGAAUGUUGUGAAGCUCGUAAUCAACUACUGUAAUCGUCAGAUCUGUGUUUGUAAAUAAUGUAACUGGGAUGGCUGUGGAACAGUGGUACUUCAAGUUACAAGCCUUAUGAAUCGUAGAAGACUUGCACUUUUCCUUGUGACUGGAUUAUGAUAUAAAACUGCUUUAAGCAC